AAAAUUCGUACCCUACGGAACAAAUCUUGUACGUUGCCCUGAAAAUAGUUAAACUCUUUCGGCAAUAGCUUGAGAUUCUUCUAUAAACAGCUCCACAGCUCUUUCUUCUGAUUUUCUAACCUCGAACGGUGAAACUCUGGAACAGUGAAGGGAAGAAUUGUAAGGUUUCGGGUGAGUGCGAAAUUAGGGCGAAACUCUGAAACUGUGAAGCGAACAAUUGUAAGGACAAAAGUUAAACUGAAAGAUGGGUAAGAGGAAGUCCAAGUCGAAGCCACCUCCAAAGAAGAGAAUGGACAAACUUGAUACUGUCUUUAGCUGUCCCUUCUGCAACCAUGGAACCAGUGUGGAAUGCCGCAUUGAUAUGAAGAACUUGAUUGGUGAAGCUUCAUGCAGGAUUUGUCAAGAGAGCUUUAGCACCACUGUAACAGCUUUGACCGAGCCUAUAGACAUAUAUAGCGAAUGGAUCGACGAGUGCGAACGUGUAAAUAAUCCUGAAGAUGAUGGCGAAUAGAGAAUUCUGGAGUUCAGAAUUCCCAGUAUUACUGUGUUAUUCAACUAGCAUAAUGCUUAGAAGUUUUACCUCUGAAACGUGUAGACGUUGCCUAUAUAUGUUUGCACAACAUUUUAAGGUGGACUUGUGCAUGAAUGUUUCGAUGGUGUGUAAUGAUAUUUUGUUGCGUGUGUUUAUGAAAUAAAAUAGAUUGCUAUGUAUCCGA